AUGUCAAUGUCAUCCGAUGAUGAAUCACAGAUCGUGGAAGAACCUACUCCCACCAAGAACAAGAGGCCUGCUCCUACUGGCAAAGGGGGUAAAACCAAGAAAGCAAAAUCCUCAGUAACUGUUAAAUCUGAGUUGGUUAAAGGGGCAAUCACCCAACGUCUUUGGACUCGAACUCAGGGUAAAGUAGCUCAUGUCACCACCGUAGAGGGCAGUGGUGAGUCAGAUUCAUGGAUUCCUCUAGCCGGAACCUCCAAGGAAUUGAGACAGAAACAUCCAAAACCUGAAAUGUCUCGUCUCUCUGAGGACACAGAGACUCCGAUUCCUCCGUUUCUCCUUCGCUAUGAAGCCAAUCGGAAGAGUGUUCUGGGUCGCGACAGAAAGUACCCUGAGUAUAAGAAAUGCUCUGUGAUUCCACACAGCAAACAGUUCGCUACUCCAGCGGCUGAGGAGUGUUACAAAACUUCUGCUGCUCCUGGACUUCUCCAACUUGAUAGUAAGUUCCCCUCCAUGUUUGGAAUUCCCACUGAAUCGCGUCUUCUAGAGAUUGUUCAUGACUUCAAUCUACUGAUGAAAAUGGCUAAGUCUAUUCAGUCGCGUAUAACAGUGGUGCGUACAACUGAGGAAGAGCGUGCUCUGGUGAAACAUAAUGGUGUGAGGAAACAGGAUGGGACUGGCACAUCAAAGACAAAACCUGAUGCUCCUGAUUCCUCUCAAUCGUUCUGA